AUGGGAUUCUUGGACAAUAUUUUCAAGGACGAUAAAAAGAAGCCGAAUCCACUAGGCAACAUGUUUGGAGGACAAAAGAAAUUCCACGGCGGUGGCCAAGCCUUGGGAGGUUCCCAACCAGGCACGGUCCACUCCAUUUCGCUUCCCGAGCCAGGUCCCUUGGGUGUCCGGGUGGAAAAGCGAUCCAAUUCGGAAAAGACAGCCAUUGUACACGAAAUAGUUCCUGGUGGACAAGCGGAGAAGGCUGGAAUGUUGCGAGGUGAUAUCUUGUGCUUUGCCGGAAGCAAUGGACAAGAAGAGAUCAUGUACGAUAUGUUUUUGGACAUGGCAAGAUCCGACCAACGACCAAUUGAACUGGAAGUUCGCCGCAUUUCCACUUCUUUGGAAAAGAAGCAGGCUGCUGCUAGGAGUAGUGGGGCUGGCAAAUCGGCGGACGCCGAAGCCCGUCGCAAGGCCGUCAUUGCAGCUGCUGAAGCCCGAGAAAAAGCCCACAAGAUCAAAUCCAAACCAAUGAAGCAAGUCACCAAGAGUACAUUGGCCAAACAACAGCAAAUAUUGGAACAACAACAGUUAGAACAACAAUUGAAUCCCAGCAGUCAAGAACCCAAAUCGGAAGCCUCUCGAUUGGCCGCAGAGGCUGCCAAACAGAAUGAAGCCCAAGUGGCAGCUCAAUUGGGAUACAAUCCCUACGAAAUUUCUCGAUCCACCGCUGGACAAGCUCGUAACGCCACAACGGCGGUCCAACAUGGGACCAUGAAUGCUGGUACGGCAGGAGAUCAUUUGCCCAGCGUGGCUCCUCCGCGGGAUGCCACCACGGCAGCAGCAGACGACGACAAUGACGAAGAAUUGCCCUUGGAAUUUCAACAAGCCAAAGCCACCAUGGUAUCGGCGACUGCGGACCAAGCCGUCUUGUCUUCCAGUCUUAAUAUUAUGAAAAAAUUGCUGAUCAAUGCCACUACCAAGGGGCAAAAACCAGGCGAGGAUUCGGCCAAAUUCCGCAAGGUCCGAUUGGCCAAUCCCAAAAUCAAGGCGGCCCUUGUGGAUGUGGAGGGUGCCGUAGAAUUAAUGAUGGUCUGUGGAUUUACCCUCCAAGAACAAGAGGGUGAAUCCGUCCUACUGUAUCCGGCGGACACCUCAGGACCCGACUGGUUGUCGGCGGCGCUGAAACAAUUGGAUCAGGGAUCAUGA